UCAAUAUGAGAAAUUCUUCUGGAAGACAAGGACUGCUGACCUCUGAGAUUAUCAAAAAGGAUAUGAAGAAUGUUCUACAGAGACACCGAUUAUCAGAAAGUGGCUACAUGGUUACAUUUCAACUUGAAUUUCAGAUUCUGGAAAUGCAGGGAGAACUUGUGCCAGCCAACUUCCUCUGUGAGGCCUACAGGGAGAAACUCUCCAAGGCAGAAAUUUUGGAGAAAAUGGUGCCUUCUGUGCUGUUCUGGGACCCCAUCUUCCUCCCCACAACUAGGGGCAGCAACCGAAGGUUCACUGCAACAGAGCAUGAGCUCAACAGAGUGUUCAAAUGUUGUAUCACCACAUCAAUGCGUGGAACCAACUUCAGAACCUGAAACAGCUAUUUUGGAGGAUGUGAAACUCAAAUUAUCUCGUUCAGAGGCUGUGGAGUUUCAGACAGCUCCCGAAGAGACUCCAGAGCUCCAUCAGGCAACAAUGCCGGUUCCAUCAUACGAGUCUACCUGGCCUUCAUCUGUGACCGUAGAAAAGGUGCUGAUUAAGUAUAAAACUCAACUCUGGAUAUUCCAGCCCAAAUUGGUGGCAGAGCAAUUAAUGCUAACCGAUAAUGAAAAUACAUCAGCCUCCAUGUUGGAUGAGCCCUGCAAUGAGCAAGGCAGGAACUCUGCAGAAUUUGGUGACCGAAAUAUUGAACUCUGCCUUAUGUAAGGACACCACCUGUAUCCACAACUU